AGGGACAAGAUAAGCUGUGUCCUUCCUCCCGAAAUGAUGAAAAAACCAGAACUAAUGAGGAAACGACAUGCGAGUGAACCCACCAAACCAUCUGCCGGCUCAUCAUCCUAAAAAUCUUUAGCAAUGGAAGAAAACUCGAGGACUCACAGGAGUUCUAAAAGAAACAUAAUCCUUACUAGAAAAAUACGUUGCUUUCAAGUCUACAAUUUAUAUUAACCACCAUUAAACCAUCACGUUUAGUUUCUAAUCGUGAGAUUGAGAUUUUUGUGUAAGAUAACUUGACUCAUCUACUUAUUUCAUCAACAACUAAGUCCUAAUAAACUAGAAACUUGAGC